AUGUUUCGCUGGUCAGAUUUAACGAGGCCCAACGGUCAACCACCAUCUGCUUUGACAACAGGUCUUCUUGCGUUCCUGCUUUUACUAUUUUGCUUGAACAAGGUGAUCCCUAUCAAUGAUGCGAUGAGUUUGUCGCCUAAAGGGAUUUUCAAUCCCGGCAGAUUGUCGAACUAUCCACUGGCACAUCUGUCUUUGUUUCAUCUGUUCUUCAAUGCGUUCUCCCUGGUUGGGCCGUUGAAUGUCUUCGAAUCCCAGCAUGGCACAGUACACACCGGGGUGGUUCUCAACCUCACUGCUGUCAUGACAGGACUACUCUACUGCUUAUUUGGCAAGCUGUUUUACCCAGAUACCAGCAUUGCUGGUGCAAGCGGUUGGUGUUUUACGUUCUUCGGGUACUUCAGCUAUAAGGAAUCUGCUAUUAGCCCUAGGUACCACAUACCAAAUUCCAAUUUUGCGUUUCCCACGGUUCUAGCUCCGAUGGUGUUGCUGAUCCUGAUCUCGAUCCUCGUGCCUGGUGUCAGUUUCUGGGGCCACUUCUUCGCUCUGAUGGUCGGAUACUUCCUUGGUGCCAAAGAGAAGGCAUUCCGCAAGAUCAUGCCACCAAGCUGGAUCAUCGAAAAGAUCGAGGAUAAAGCUGAGCCGCUGAUCCGCCUGAUCCCAUCUUGGGUCAAGUUCUAUCGGGAAAAGGACAUGACCGAGCGAGACGUCGCAAAAUACACUUCGCUGUUUGCUCCACACGACCCAUUGCCCUUACACAACGCUGUCGAGACGCAGCCUUCAGGCGGUAGGGUUCUUGGUACUGCCUGA